AUGGCAACGGCGGCGUCUUCAUUCCAGAAGGGAUCAGGAAAUGACCGAUUUAAUGCCGAGGCGCUCAAUUGGGACAAGAACCCUCUUGUUCACGAGGCCAGCAAACAAGCAUUGAAGGCGAUUUCCGCCAGGUUCCCGGCCCUCAAGCCUUCUUCGGAAACAACGGGUUUGAAUGUGCUGGAGAUCGGAUGUGGUACAGGCUUACUAAGUUUCAUUACGGCCCCUCUUGUCAAGCAGGUCGUGGCGAUCGAUGCCGCGCCGGGAAUGAUAGAGGUCUUGAAGGAGAAGCUUAAGAAACAAGACGCACCGAGUAAUGUUUUGCCGGUGGCAGUCCUGCUCGAGGAUCCCGAGGAUCCAUCUUUACCCCCAGCAAAUGCGGCCGAUCCUAACGGGCCUCGAUUAAAGUUCGAUCUUAUCACAUCGCACCUCGUGUUACACCACGUUCCAGAUUUAAAGGGACUUCUGACCACGAUGCUCGGAUGCUUGAAGCAUGGCGGUAGCGUGGCAUUGACAGAUUUUGAGGAUUAUGGACCCGAAGCGAAGAGCUUUCAUCCCCAAGCAAAGCUGGCUGGGGUUGAGAGACACGGAAUUCAUGCCAAAACCAUGGCAGCAUUGCUGAAAGAGGUUGGUUUUUCCAAUGUAAGAGUGGAGCGAGCGUGGAGUGUGGAUAAAACUGUUGAAUCGUUCGAAGGUGAAUUCGAAAACGGUCGUCCACAGCCUGGCCAGGGUGUGACGAGAAACUUUCCAUUCGUGAUUUGCAUGGGGGAACAAAAGCACAACGGAUAA